AUGCGGAUCCUCCAAUCGCUGUCGACGCUGCUGUUGGUGGCCAGCACUGCGUACGCGGCCUCGAGCUGGGAAUUCGAUGAUGCGACGGUUUCGAUCAAGUCAAGGAAGGGCGCGGGCUUGACAGAAAAAUUCACACAAAAGGCGACCCUCUCGAAAGCGCUUCCUCUAGAUACAACAGAUACCAUCAAAGUAGUGCUGAAGACCAAGGAGGACAGAAAGCCAAAGAAGCCUCAUCAGGCUUUUGUCAUUAUUAAAGAGGAGGAUACAGGUCUUGAGGCUCCAUUUGCCUUUGCAGUCAAGGAGAGUGGAAAGGCAGUUGUUGAGAUCCCUCGCAAAGAACUCCCUGUUCAGCACCUCCUCUCCAAGAAGCCGCUCCACGCCAGCAUCGUCAUCGGCUCCUUCGGCUCGUCGGAAGGCCUCGUCCGCCCCGUCUUCGACAUCGACCUUGUCGAUAACCCAGCCGCGACCCCUCCGCAGUACGAGAAGCCCAUCCGAUAUGGGAAGCUACCCGAGAUCCACCAUAUCUUCAAGGCUCCAGAUCGAGUUCCUCCCAAGAUCGUCUCCAUCUUCUUCACGCUCGCUGUCUUGGCACCCAUCCCCGCCCUCUUCAUCGGCUGGAUCGUGCUCGGCGCUAAUCUCACCCACCUCAAGACCGCGUUCGCGGCUGCGCCCCUCUCUCAUGCCAUCUUCUUCGGGUCCAUUGUUGCGAUGGAAGCUUCCUUCUUCAUGUAUCACAGGAGCUGGAACCUGUUUCAACUACUUCCCGUUGCCGGCGUCAUUGGUGUCAUUACCUUCCUCAGCGGCACCAAGGCCCUAGGUGAGGUGCAGAGCAGGCGAUUGGCGGGCGAGCGAUAG